AUUACAUGCGUGUAAGCAUACACUACAUUCGUGAAAAAAUGGCAGCUGACGAUUAGAGGAAAGUGUGUGGAUUUUUACUCGAAAAAAGACGGUACUUAACAAAGCAACACGGACACCGAGGAUACUUGGUCACCAGUGGGCGUCAUCUUAGAAGUGUCACCACUGGUCAUCAGGCACGAUGGGAAAGACUCCGCUGAAAGAUCAGAAAGAUGGCAAAAAAGAUAAAUUGGGAAGGACGGUUCCUCCAGCAGGUACGACUCCAGCAGCAACAAAAGAUUCUUUCAGCUGGGAAGAAUAUCUGAAAGAAACGUCAGCUAUGCCGGCUCCACCGAGCUGUUUUCGUCAGGCCAGAGUUCCUCCCUCCAAUGACUUCAAGGUUGGAAUGAAGCUCGAAGCUCACGACCCACGAAACUCCACCUCAGUCUGCAUCGCCACGGUGAUGGGUUUAACUGGAGUGCGCCUGCGUCUCCGUCUGGAUGGAAGUGACAACAGCAACGACUUUUGGAGGCUGGUGGACUCGUCUGAUAUUCAACCUAUCGGCACAUGUGAGAAGAACGGAGACAUGCUGCAGCCACCGCUGGGAUUUCGGAUGAAUGCCUCUUCAUGGCCCAUGUUUCUGCUGAGAACAUUAAAUGGCGCAGAGAUGGCACCAGCAACAGCCUUCAAAAAGGAACCUCUGAGGCCGACACAGAACCACUUUAAGCCGGGCAUGAAGCUGGAGGCAGUGGACAAGAAGAACCCGUACCUGAUCUGUCCGGCCACCAUCGGAGAAGUGAAGGGCGACGAGGUCUUCAUCAUGUUCGACGGCUGGCGGGGGGCCUUUGAUUACUGGUGCAAGUACGACUCCAGAGACAUCUUCCCCGUGGGCUGGUGCUCCCUCACCAAGCACAGCCUCCAGCCUCCAGGCAACAGUGUUACGCUGCCAAAGAGCCUUCAGAUCCUCCCGGCGUCCCCCUCCAAGCCCAACAGGCGGGCCAUGCAGUCCCCCUACAGACUCCCCAACCCGCUGCCCCCUCUGCCUGUCAGGAAGGGGGUGAGAGGCCGUCGACCAAAGAGCGAGACCAUCGCUCUGCUCAAAGCUGUGGCCGAGGCCGCCGCCGCCCAUAACGGGACUGUACCUGAGAACACGCAGCUGGUCCCCCGACCCCACAAGAAGAGGGGCCCCAAACCUGGAAGCAAGAGAAAGCCCAAGAUCCUCCAGAGCCCAGCACAGCUGCCCAGCAUCCAGGUCCCACAAGAAAGCUCCCCCAGCCACAACUCUGUGGUUUCAACAGUGUGUGUGUAUGUGAACAAGCACGGAAACUGCGGUUCCCACCUGGACAGGAAGCAGAUGCAGCGCCUGCCUGACCACUUUGGCCCGGGUCCAGUGAACGCCGUGCUCCAGAAGGUGGUCCAGUCCUGUAUAGACUGUGCGUACCAGCCUAAAGUCCUGCUCAGCGCUCUGCAGACGCACUCAGGAGGAGGAGAGGUCGUUAGAGUGAGAACAGAUGGUGGAGUCUGCAUGGUCAAACUCCCAGCAGCCUCCAGUGCUUCCUUUGUGCUGCGGUUCUUGGAGACGAUGUGUCGUCAUCUGCAGUGUGACAACCUGUUCAGCAGUCAGCCGUUCAGCCACUACACAGCGUACGACAGGACCAAGUCAGUGAAAGAAGAGGUGAUGGACGCCCCAUCUCUUGCUCGAGGAAGUAAACGGAGUCUCUCUGGAAUCUCUCCUUCGUAUGCAGCUCCUCUGUCCCCCAAACAUUUACGUACCGAAGCUCAUCCUUCAGAAGCAGAGACUUUGCCUCAUGAAGAGAACGGUCACAUAAAGGAGCAGCGCUACAUGGACUCGGCCUCCAACUCCAUGACCCCCCGACCACAAACAGCACGCAGCUCCUCAGAGUACCACUCCCAGACCAGCAGCCUCUACCACGCCGGCAACGCCACGACCAUGCGCCGCCUCUCCUCCAACCCUGGAGAGCUCAGCUCCACGCCGCCCCUCAGACGAGUGGAAGCCAGCUCCACCACCGGUCCUGAAGCUCUGGGGUCUGAGCGGGAGAGUCUGCAGCUGCCCAGUAAGAACCCGUCGUCCUGGUCCAUCGAGGAGGUGAUGCAGUUUGUGAGGGACGCUGACCCCACAGCGUUAGCUCCACACGCUGAACUAUUCAGAAAACAUGAGAUUGAUGGGAAAGCUCUGAUGCUGCUGCGGAGCGACAUGAUCAUGAAGUACAUGGGGCUGAAGCUGGGGCCUGCACUGAAGCUCUGCCAUCACAUAGAUCGACUGAAACAGGGAAAACUGUGAGAGCAGGCCCGUGUGUUCCCGUCCCUGUCAGACCCAUGAGCAAUAAAACCCCGACAGAGCCGGACUCAUGGGGGCCGCAGGGGGCCACAUGUUACUCUGACUGAUGUUACAACUUCCUCCUGACUUCCAGAGCGGAGAAAGUGUGCCGUGCAGUGCUGACACAUUACCUCAUCCCCUCAUCAGUGAACGAAAAAACUCUCUGAAAUCCCAAAGGAAAGAAUCCCUGCAGUGUUUACAUUGCAUAGCACACGUGGACACACUUUUUUUUUACGGAGAUGAAAUCUUUUGAUCCUGGUUUUGGAUCCCCCAAAGAUGGAGAAUGUUUCUUCUUAUAUAAUGUUUUUAUUAUUGUCCAAUUUCCACUUAUUAAGGAAGAGUUGGUAUACUGAAACAAAAAAAAAAGACAAAUCCGGCAGAUGUUCUUCCCCAAGAGAAUCUGGAUGCUCUCUGUUUAGUUGUUUUUCACUCUUCACGUACGCCUGGAGGUCCGACAGAUGUUUUCAUUGGCUUGAAUAUUGUCAGAAUCCUUAACGUUUUUUAACUGAAGCUCUCAUUUUCCACGAGUGUCCUGCAUCAUUCUCUGCUGUGUGGCAACAUGUAUUAUCAUUGUGUCUUAGUGGAGUCAUCACACUCACAAGUAACACCCUCAUCCAUUUCAACAGAUCGUUAAGUACGUGCAAACAAACAUUUCUAAGGGCUUUCUAUGUUUAGUUUUCCUGUAUUAAUUCUAAUCAUGGCCGAGCCUGUGUCCACAAAGUUCUUUUCUGGCAUGGCGCCGGGAUGAAGAGCUUCUGCAUUGAGAGAAAACAAAGGCACAUGCAGUAGGGUUUUGUUUCUAAGACAACAACAUUUGGUUAUCUAUCAUGGAGGGUUUGCGUAUAAUCAUUAUGCAGCUAAUGUGUUGUAUUGUGUAUUUGUUUGAGGUUGUUUUUCCCCAUGAGCAUGAACUGGAGGAUGCUGCCCCUUGAUUGUUUUAUUUAAAGAUGAGGGAAAGAGUCCCUCAGUUGUAGAUCAAGUAAGAGAGGCAUUAAAUGAUCUGAUGAGGACAAAUAUGAAGUAAUAUUAUCACCUCAUCCAAAAGUUAUUUAAAGUCUUUGUGAUUUUUCACACUUAAAUAUAAUAUAAAUCAAAUAUAUCCUCUGAAAAUAACUCUGUGAGUCAUGACUGUCUACAAUGGGUGUAACACCCGAGUCCCACUGUCUGUGAUGUUUUCAGAGUUUUCAGAGUCCUAUCUUCAGUUUGUUUACAUCGCCAGGACGGCCGGCUGACUCCUCCCCUCACGUAUAAAAGUUGUUUAAUUGAGGGACUAGAGAAAAGAAGAAUAACAUACUGUACUCACUGCUUAACUGUGUUUCUAGAUCACGCUCAUUUCAGGUAAAUUUACAUGCAGUGUGAAGAUACGAGCUUAAUAAAGAUCGCUAGCAUUAGCAUGCUAACACAACAAUGCACCGCAAGUUGUUUUGGUUUCAUGCUGGUGCUCAAGGGCGACAUCUGCUGGAUCAAAAAAUCGCAUAUAAAGCCUUCAAAGUCGUCUUCAGAUGAUCUGCUCCACACACUGCUCCUUCCGUUCUCUAUUUAUGAUGUUUUUUUCAGAAUGAUCUUAACAGUAAAAUGUGUUGAUCAAAAGUUCAAAGCAAACUCCUGCAUACUGUCCAACCUGCAAAAAUACAUUUAUUGGCAACGUUUUGGUCUAGUACAAAAUGUUGCUAAUUGAUGCAUGUUAGAAGGUUUGCAGGAGUCUGCAUGCAUAUCAGACAAUUCUUAACUCACUGGUAGACACUGUCAGAACAAUCUUCAAAUCCAUUUUCUUGGUUAUUCCAGUAACCUGUUGUCAGUCUGUCUAAGAACAGAUACAUGGACGAUACUUUUCUGAAAGUUAAGAGAUUUUUAGUGUUAGAAAACCACGCACAAAAAAAGGGGAAUAACUCAAAGACAGUGGGUAAUGUGCUUGUCCUCCUGGGGGCUGCAUUCACCCAAACAUGCUUUCUCCUCUUUGACAACAUUUGGUAAAAAAAGACCCUCGUUGGCUGAAUAAAAGGCUUUGUGGACACAGACUCAUCAAUCUGCCCGCCCUCCCUCCCUCCCGCCCGCCUGUCUGCGACCACCUCAGUGUUGUCUCUUCUGACCGUUCAGAUCACUGUUAGCAAUGAAAACAGAUUUGUACAGUUUUAUGGGUUUAACCAUGAAUAUCAGCGACAGAAUGUACAUUUUGUAGAAACUUUAAUAUUUUAAGGAAAUCAUAUACAUUAAGCUAGAAAUGUGAAGAUAAUGGUGGACGGGAACGUGGUGAAUAUUUCACACACGGGAUUUCAUUCUGCUUUUUAAUACUUCAACACAGCAGCGCUUUUUAGUUCAAUACUCCCAGUAAUAGACUCUGCCUUGCUCUACCUACGACAUCUCUCAGGUUUACGUGGUCUUUGUUAGUACAAGCUUUUGUAGCAGACUGUUUAUAAUGUACUCGACAGAACUUUUCUUCUUAUUCCCUUCAUCGAUUUUUAAAAGACUCUGUGCCAUAUGAUACUCAACACAGGAUCCAAGUGCUGUUGAUUUCCCUCUCUCCUUCUUCUUGCAUCUUCUUUAAGUACUUGAAAAAUAUGUGUUGCAAAGCGUCACCUGUCCAUUACGUCACAUCAGAUAAACAGUAUGUGUUUAUGAUGUUGUGUAUCUCCUUUUCUUGUUUUUAUAAACCUACCAAAAAAAAAGGA